GUGGGGCUCAGUCACUGAUGUUGAAUAUAACUUGAGCUUUGGAGGUGUGAAUGCUCAAAGCAUGAGUUGUGUCAUUCAUCUAUAUCAAGAUCUUUUAGGCAUGGCAGAUUUGUGAUAAAAGCUUUUCAUAAAACCAGUUGUUAGUGUGCUGGUGUUUGAUAUCGACCAGGGGAGAUCCAGGCCUGUCCUGCUGACUGUGGCCAAAGAGCUUCGAGUUGGAGAAAGUGCAUGUAUUGCAGCCAUGAGUCUCUGCAUGUUCCCAGCAGCCAGGGACAGUGCAUGUAGAGGGAAUGUUGGCACAUUUAAAGGUUAUCAGGGCCCAUUCUGAAAAACACCAGCUGAACCACGUGCACUUGGUACUGCCAGUGGGAAGGUUUGCCUAGGGUGUCGUCCCUCAGCUAUACAUAGCAAACUCAAAGCUUCUUACAGAGAAACCUCUUACCAGUCACUUUCCACAAAUGGUGCCUAUACCUAAAGGUACUUAGUGAAAAUCCUUGAGAGGUAUUUAAUGCAAAAGCAGUUCGUUUCCCUGGUGUUUUUCAGAAGCCCUCACACACCACUAGCAGGGAGAAGUGCAGUGCAGCUACAGCACAGCUCCUGGGCCAGUUACUCAUUUUGUCUGAACCAGGCUCUGCCACCCCAAGGGCUUGCCAAGAUGUGUGACAUGGGGGGGCUCGACAACCUGAUUGCCAACACUGCCUACCUCCAGGCAAGGAAGAGUGGAGAAGGAGACACCAAGGAGAUGCAAAAGAGGCGUAGGAGCCUCUCGCUGCCCAAGAUUGAGGACUGCAAAGAGCAGAGAGAGUCUGUUGCUGGUGAUUAUGACAGUAUCUGUGAGCAGCAGCCCAUUGGCAAGAAAUUCUUCAGAGAUUUCUUAGAGACAGUGCCAGAAUAUUUGUUAGCUAGAGACUUCCUGGAUGAGGUGUCAAGCUGGGAGUUGGCAGAGGACAAUAUCAAGAGCAGUUGCAUGGAGAUUAUGGUCACCAAUUAUCUUAAGGAAGGCGGCAGAAACUAUCUGUCUUUCAUGAGCUCUGACUUGGUCAGCAAAUGCAAAGCAGCUACUGUAAAAGACUAUGAGAACAUCGUGCAGCUGGCCAAGGAGGAAACCAAAGUCUUCUUUAAAGACAAGCCUUUCCAGGACUUCCAGAACAGCCCCUUCUAUGACAAAUUCAUCCAAUGGAAAGUGUUUGAGAAGCAACCAGUAACUGAAAAAUACUUCUCUGAGUUCCGAGUGCUGGGCAAAGGUGGCUUUGGAGAGGUUUGUGCCAUCCAGGUCAAAAAUACUGGCAAGAUGUAUGCCUGCAAGAAACUGGAUAAGAAAAGGUUGAAAAAGAAAAGUGGAGAGAAGAUGGCCCUGCUGGAGAAAGAGAUCCUGGAGAAGGUCAACAGCCCUUUCAUAGUCACACUAGCUUAUGCCUAUGAGACCAAAACCCAUCUGUGUCUUGUUAUGAGCCUCAUGAAUGGAGGGGAUCUGAAGUAUCACAUCUACAAUGUGGGAGAAAGGGGUUUGGAAAUGAAAAGGAUCAUCUUUUACUCAGCUCAGAUAACCUGUGGGAUUCUGCAUCUCCAUUCCAUCAAAAUUGUGUACCGGGAUAUGAAACCAGAGAAUGUCCUCCUGGAUGAUAAUGGGAAUUGCAGACUGUCUGAUCUUGGAUUGGCAGUGCAAGUCAAAGAGGGAAAGAGCAUCACCCAGAGGGCUGGCACAAAUGGCUACAUGGCUCCCGAGAUCCUGAAGGAAGAGGACUACAGCUAUCCUGUGGACUGGUUUGCUAUGGGCUGCACUAUUUAUGAGAUGGUUGCUGGGAGAACACCAUUCAAGGAUUUCAAAGAAAAGGUCAAUAAGGAUGAGGUUAGAAGAAGAACUCUGGAAGAUGAGGUGAAAUUUGAACAUGCUGGCUUUACAGAAGAAGCAAAAGAUAUUUGCAAGCUGUUUUUGGCUAAGAAAAAAGAGGAACGUUUGGGAAGCAGGAAUGAAGACGAUGACCCAAGAAAACACAGCUUCUUCAAAACGAUAAAUUUCCACAGGUUAGAGGCAAACCUUGUUGACCCUCCAUUUGUGCCAGAUCCAUCAGUUGUCUAUGCCAAAGAUGUUGCAGACAUUGCUGACUUCUCUGAAAUACGAGGAAUUGAGUUUGAUGACAAAGACAAGAAGUUCUUCAAAAAGUUUGCGACAGGUGCUGUCCCUAUACCCUGGCAGGAGGAAAUCAUCGAGACGGGACUGUUUGACGAACUGAACGACCCCAACAGAGUGGUUUCUGGAGGUUAUGCAAACGGAGGGGAAGCUAAGUCAGGAGUUUGUUUGUUGUUGUAAUUAUAUCGUUACGUAAUUAUAUCGUUUCUACCAAAAAGAGUAGAAACCGCCUCAGAACUUUCCAUAUUCUGACUCUGUUUCAGAAACUCAGUACACCUGUUUGAGAAGAGCCAGCCAGUGUAAUGUGACAUUGACAGGCUGUGUAGGACCACCAGCUGAAUAGACUGUAUUAUUUUCCUUUGCUCUAAGAAAGGAGAUAUUUUUGUGUUAUUGGAUAUGAAUCAAAUGAAGACCCAUAUUUCUCCAAGAAGCUUAGAAUAGAAAUUCUGAAAUACAGAAAGCAUUGUUAGAGUGAAGAGGCAAAGCUUUUGAAAAUGACUGUUUCUGCUUUCAAUACAAUGAAUCAUUGGUUUUCUUUCUUUUUUUCUUGUUAUUUCUACUAACAUUUCCUCUUUAUUCCACAGUUUUCAGGAAGGAUUUUUAAAUUUUCAGGUAAUCUCGUACAAUGGAGCUCAUAUACCCUGUCCAACUUGGAAUCUUACUGGCUAGCCAGUCUGUCUGUUAAAUUCUGUAGGGUUUUGGGUGGUUUAUUGUAAUAUGUUCAAAUUGUCAUAAGAUAUAAAGAAAGCUCUACAUAUCACUUGGAAAUAAGAACAACAGGAUCAAACUUUUUUCAAAAGUGAUUUUAAUGGAGUGAAGAUAAGAUUGCACCAAUGCAAUGGAAUAAAGCAUUUAUUUAUUAUUAUUAUUAAGUGUAUUCUUAUAAGUGAUAAUACUAUAUACAAAGAAAACAUAUUUACAAGUAAAUACACAU